CAGCGACAUCCUACGAAGACGAUCGAUUAGUUGUAUUGCACCCUAACAAGAGUACGUACUUUAUUUAGAGUCGAAAAACUCGCAGCACAGUAGGUGUAGUCGUCGACCUCGACCACCCAUUCCCAUAAUAUUCUUCGAAGCACCUUUAUCACCAAUCAAAAAUCAUCUCAUCCGUCGACGAAAAUCUCACGCAACAUGGCAAAGGAAAGCGACCCGAACAAAGGCGUGAAGAUGUCGGCGGUGAACGCGACGAAGCAGCAGAAAAGCCAAAAACCGCAGCAGAUCACCACCAACCAGGCGGUGAUUCUCGCUGAUGUGGGGCAAAGUGUAGUGUUCAACCUGCUGCACCACAGUAGUUGUUCAAGCAGCGCAACGAGCUCCUCGUCGUCUAGUACUUCUAGUACCUCCGCCGUGCACCCUCUACUCUUCCCCGUCGCUGGGGUCCCUCUGGUGGAUCACAUGCUGUUUUUCCUGAAGGACUACAACAAGUUCUGCGAGAAGCGGUACGCCGAAACGAUGAAGCUCUCCGCGGAGCUCAUGCAGCAAGAGGUGGCCUUCCCACAGCAGAUCUCGGAUUUGUUCAUCUGCACCAAGAGCAAGAAGUUGAAGAACCACAUCGAAAAUUGGGAAAGAAAAAACAUCGACCCGACGACGGACCGAAUCGCGUUUCGGGUUUUUGUGCCGCCGAAUACUGGGGGAGAAAGCGGGGCGGUGAAAAGCUUGAGCGACGGGAAGCAGGCGCUGGUAUUAGUUGUCUUCGAAAACAAGACUGCGUCGUGCUUGCUAGCUCGCAAAACUGUAAGAGUGGGGUAACAAUGAAAUCCUUAUCCGCCCCCCCGGCGGAUAAGCCGGGGGGGGCCCCCCCCCUGGCUUAUCCGCCGGCGGGCUGCCCCGAAAUAGGCCCCAUGAACUGGCCCGGCCAAGGCGCCGUUUGGAUGAGCCCGGGGGCGCCCGGACCGACACACGGCACGCCGCUGGUGCUUAUGGUUUUUUUAAGUAAUGCGCAGGAAAUUGCCAAACGUCGCACCACCGGGACUGGUAGAGCAAGAAAAUGACGGGACGCAGCGUGUCAAGGUUUGCCAUGGAUGCAAGCAAAACAAGGCGGAAAGACAUGGCGUUGAAAAUUCACACACAGAAACUAGAUAGCUUCGCACGUCGAAGCCUGUUUAGGGGGUUUGUCAAUAGAAGCCCGGGCCUCAUCACAUUACAGACAGAAGAGGCACACACAUAGACCGAGUCCGGCAGCGUGCCUCGCAAACAAGGGCGCCAGGCUUCACAUGUGCAGGCUGUCUUGGGGCUGUUGGCAGGUGCAGGCACCCCGCUGGCUUUGCAAGCUACUCACAAGCCCCGACGGCUACCAAUUCGCGCUGAAAACAGGCCACGCAAGAAAUCAUCACUCAGCCCGCAGCCUCAUGCAAGUCCCCGGAGCUGCUGCCCUGGCGCCAUGCGUGCCGCGUGGUGAGGCGGCCGGGGCGUCGCGAAUGAGCCAGCACGGGGGUGAUAGCUGGUAGCGGGCUGUGGCUUGCCCUGGGCCACAGCCCGCCGCACUGGGCCGGCCCCGGGGCCUGUGCGGCGGGAAAACCUUACCGGGGCCCGAGAUGGGAAGCGGGAAAACCUGUAAUGGGAACCGAGAAAACCUCACUGGGCCCCGUGGCCUGUUUCGCAUCACUGACUUCGGGCGGGCAUUUGCGCCGCGCCGGAAACUUAGAGCUAGCACAUUGGCCGGCGGCGGUAUCAAAAAAAAAAGCCGGCGAACAAAAGGAAAGCGCGCGAGGCUGUCGCCCGCGCGGCGCAAUUGGUUGCUUAAAUAUCUAUGGCCGUGGCGGAAGCUAUUGAAUCGCGCUGCGGCAAGCUAAGACGUCACCUGCACGGCCCGGCCCGCGGCCCAGGAAAUGACUGCCCAGCUUAGAGCCCCCUCCUGUCUCGGUAGAAUAUAAGUCGAGCACACCAGCGGGGGGAAUUUUACCACCGACGGUGCCCCGCAUUUAUUAAGAAAGGGGCGAGCCCUCGGCGCGCAGGCGUGGGCGUUGUCGCGGCCUGUUUCGGUGCAUGGCAGGCUGGGCCCAUUGAAAAAGCAGGGGGGCCCAUUGCGGGCGGCGGGCUUGGGUUGGCACAGGCGCACACCCCUAGAAGGUGGGCGCGCGCAAGAUGAAACCUUCAGUCCGUGGCUGUGUUUCGUUCUCGCUUCGGACCCUAAGCCGCUGCCUGCAGGCAUGCCCAAGACAGAGCAGGGCGGCAUGGCCUGGCAAGUAAGCGCAUGGCCCGAAGGGUAUAUGCGAAGAAGCUCUGCGGCCCUCACGCUGGGAGUUUACUUCUGUGGGGCAAGCUCUGGCCCUGGCCUUGUCUGCCCGCUGCUAUUUGCUGGGCCACUUCUUGCGUGGCGAAUUCCCCAAGCUUUCGCACCUUUUGCGUGGCAAGUAUGUAUCUGCUGGCGGUUUUUUUUAAGUCCAAAGCAGUCCCGGCAGUGAGUGCGGGGCCUUCAAAUGCUGCGCCUGCUACAACUUUCAAAGAAACACCUCAAAGGCCGGCGGCGUCAUGCUUGCCGUCGACCUUUCUUUGUGGCGUUUCAAAAUCUUGCCACAACAUGCCGGAUGCUGUCGGCAUUUCCGGGUCCCUCAGGCGAUGGCAGCGCCCGGCCACUUUGUCGCGGCUAUACCGGUACGGCCCGCCGGCGGAUAAGCCGGGGGGGCCCCCCCCCCCGGCUUAUCCGCCGGGGGGGCGGAUAAGGAUUUCAUUGUUACCCCACUCUAACUGAAAUAAAUCACGAGGAUAUUCAGUAACGUGCUUCUAUCGCGCUCUCGUAGCUGUAGUAUGUGUAUCCAUGAUUGACGUCGAUUUAUUUUCUUCCAUAUGCUUCCCUUGCUGCUAAAGUCAUGCGUGUUUUUGACAAAUUCAACACAGGUCGGCGACCUCCUCGGAUUUCUCCGGGAUCUACAGUCGCGGAACAUCAUUCAAAAGGACUUCCUGCUCUGGGAGCCCUUCGCACUACUCUCGUCACCCGAAAUCCUCUUCGAAUUCUUUACCCAGCACCAGCAGACCAGGCAAGACAAACUCCGACACUGCGCCGUCAGCAAGCUGUACACGGAGUUGACGUCAACAGAGCAAGCAGAGCAAUUUCCGUUGACGCACCGCGGAUUUCCGAUUUACUUGGAAAAGAUCGAGCAGACCGCGUACUCAAACACCCUGGAGCUGUUGCACUGCCACACCGAGAAGCCGCAACUGGACGUGAUUUUGCAGGAUUUGAUGAAAAGAGAACAGCGGGGAUGUCUGGAAAUCCUGAAAAACGUCUGCGAUUUGGCGAUCAUGAUUCUAACGCCGGACAUCUUGACGAAAGUCGCGGCCGAGGCGGUGGAUAUGGUAUAAAUAAAUAGAAGAACACAACAGACCACAUGAACGCAUGUCAUAAGCAUUUAUUGCACUUUCUUGGUUUACAACUGCAUCCAUGCAGAGCUAGAGCAAAUAAUUAGUGCGCGUUGAAGUGCAACGCCCGACAGGACAACGACAACCGGAUUCGCUAUUCUACCUACUAGCUUUGUUGAACUUGAAACAUGUGAUGCUUCUUCUGAACAUAAUUUACAUCUAUGGAUACAACAUUUCCAAAUCAGACCGUCCUGUCCGAUCUGGUGCAGAACAUGCUUGUCGAGAAGUUCGACUCCAAGCUUUCUUCCGACUCGGUUUACGUCCAUGUCUGCUACAAGCCGGUCCGCCCCAUCUGCUUUCCCAAAAGCAUCGUGGCGCUCUCCAAAGAGUUAACGCAGAAACUCGCCGGACCCUUGAAGAAGCAACAGAAAAAGGCGGGGAAGAAGGACGCCGGAGGUGGACCUGCGUUGGAGCCCGUAGCCGAAGGUGGUUCAUCCGCACCAGCAGCGACGCAGCUGCACCCCUUUGCAGCCCUCGCCCGACCGGAGUGGUUUUCGGGCACUGCAUUGGUGAGUGGGAGCGAGCAGCUGAAGCUUCAGCCAAUUGAAAUCAACUCCGCGUGCAUUACUAGCGGGGAGGAGGCGAUGCAGGUUAGUGCUAUCUGGCUGUCAAUCUUCCUAUUUAUCCUUUACUUGCUUCACGAAGAAGACGAAGAAGAAGUAGCAUCAAAACUCUUCAUUCCGAAAAAAUGCUUUAUGAUGUUGACAUUGUCGUCAAGGGUCCUCAUUCCGUUUCCGGUUUGAAUUCAUCCAUUGAUCAGCAUCAACACCAUAUCCACAUGAUAAACGCAUCUUCUCAGAUACCCACUGCUACGUCCGACUCUGAGUUGGAGCUGAAAAACAACACCUUCUUCGGCCCAACGAGCAUCAAAGCGGACUCGUGUGUCAUCAGCGACUGCUACCUGUUGAACAACGUUGAAAUUGAAGCGGAGUGCUUCCUGGAGAAAUCCAUCAUCUGCGAAGACUCCAAAAUCCGCAGUGGCGCAAGUUUGAACAGCGGUUGCUUUGUCGGCCCGAGCACCGAAAUCCCUGCAGCAACAGAGCUCUUACCCGGCUCCGUCGCGCUGGCAUCACCGUCCGCCUUCGCCGGUUUAGCGAACAAAGAGACAGCCGCGGCGACAGGAAUUUCUACCGAUACUAGCACGACCACCGCUGCCGUGUUCGAUUCCGAAAAGUACAAAAUUUCGCACUUGAUCGCCAACGAACUUGGGAGUCUGGCACCGCCACAACCCGCUGCAGCAGCGAGUAAAGCCGCAGCAGCAGUUACGGAAUCACAGGAUGCGGAGGAAGAUAAUGACCAUGCGGAGAUUUUCGAUCCGCAGCAAUGGUGGAGCGAGUACCACGGGCUACGGAAGUUUUUUGACGAGGAGGUCGAGAAAAACGACGACGAGAAUGGGAACGGUGGAAACGAAGACCCUUUCCAAAAAGAGUUGCGGAUGCUGCUAACCGAUUUCUUGCAAAAAUUCCCCUGCAGCGGAGAACAGGAGAAUGCAGAAGAUUCAUCCCCGGAUGGCGACGACUACAAUGCGACUUUGCUGGAGUUGAAAUCCUUGAGAAUGGCUGCGCGGGCCUCCGUGCCGGAAUUCGCGCUGAAAAUCCUCCAGAUUCUUCUCCAACUGCUGAAACAGCAGCUCUUUUCCACCCCCGCGGCGUCCGCGAACCAAAACGUGAAAUUAGCCGUCGCGGUCAUCAACCGCAUGAGCCCCUUUCUUGCGAACUUCACGGCGAAGCUGGACUCGUCCGCGAAAUUGAAACUGGUCCAGGAGAUGCACGGCCAGCUGUGCUGCGGACUACAAGUGGGUGUAGGAGCACCGCAAAACGACAUCGGCAGUUCCGCCUCUGAACAUCAAGCGAAUCCCAACGAUGUCGCGGAGCUUGCAACCUCGGGCGGGGCGUCGGGUCUGCAGGCAACGGUGUCGCCAACCUUGUUCGUGCAUAUCCUGAACGCCUUUCGGCAGUUCGGGGACGGUGACCAGGUGAUCGACCGGGUUUCCAUCGCGGGCUGGUACAGCGAGGCGCACAACGUGCUGGAAAAGCAGAAGACGGUGCUGGAAAAUCAGAGUUUGAAGAACUUGAUCGCGUUCUGCGAGGCCGACAGCAGCGACGAAGAAAGCGGCUCGGAUGGGGAGGAGUCGGAUUGAAUAUGACAGGGAGGAGAUCAUGUCGCAGUCACUUACUCCUGCACGACUUCUCUUUCUUUGUAUCAUCUUCAUCUUGAUCUUCUAGAAGACGAGGUCAACCGCAACGUCAUUGCUUCUGGAAUGACCACCCAGUUGAUAUAUCCUUUCUUUGUUGUACAACUACAAAAGAAU